UUCAUACCCAGGCUCAGCCAAAUUUACAGCGAACACUCCAUACCGGCAUACACGAUGCAGCUCACUGCGACCAUACAACAAGAAGAAAAAAGAAAUAAACCAACUAUAACAUUGCUGGUGAUGUUGGAUGCCUGUCCUCACUUGUCCUUCCAGUUCUUCCGUGUCUUACGUCCACAAGGGCAAUCACUCCUGCGUGAUCGGUCGAGAGGCAGCUGGAAAUAAAGAAUUUGGCAUCAGGGAAAAGUACAGUUUCGUAUUAG